CGUGGCCUGAGACGAAAUCGGGGAGUUCGUCUGUUGGGUUGCACAAUUGCAGUCGCAACGUAAGCUGAUAAGUGGAUGCGAAUUGCAAAGCCACCCAAACUUUCGCAGAGAAAGGGUUAUUUUGCUUUAUACCCCUCCUGAGCUCUGUGGUGAAAGCAUGAACUUCAGUUCAAACACUUAUCGUACUUUAUCUAUAGGGUCAGGUACAGUGACAAGUGCAUUUGCAGAAGUAGCAGCACAAACACCAACUGUUCUAAAGUACUCAAGUGGUACAAGAUUUGAGGACUUCUCAUCUGUCCAUACUUGGACUGUGACGGGUUUGAAGACGUUGUGUGAAGGAACAACAUGUAUCGAGUCUGCUCCGUUAACCCAUCAGAAUGGCAGUAAAUGGUGCAUGAUCCUUACGAAGAAAGCCAACGAACUGCUUUUGUGUUUUUUACUAAAAAAGAGUGAAACCAACAAGAUAUUGAGAGCAAAGUUGAAGACUGACGAAAUUCUUCCGACUGGUGUGAUACGUGAAGUACUUCAGUGCAAAUGGUAUCACCUGAAGGAAGGCGAAAAAACAGAAAUGCAAGUCAUUAGGAAAGCAGACAAUGUCGAACAGAAUUACAAUGAAAAUGAGAUAGUACUCCAGUGCGAAAUCUGCUUACAGUGCGUUAUCCAGGAUGAACUGCCUGUGCCAGACACAGAAGAACCACACGGCGGUAUAGUGAAGGCUGUGGAUGAGAUGAUGCGCGACGAAGUCCUCGCAGACUUUGAGCUACAUGCAGGAAAUACAGUUUUAAAGGCACAUAGGGCACUACUGGCCGUUCGGAGUCCUUACUUUGCUGCCAUGCUGCAGCCCCACACAAAGGAAGCAAAGGAGGGUCGUGUGGAGGUCAGGGACGUGAAGCCGGAAAUACUGAAGCAGAUUAUGCUGUACAUGUACACAGGUGUAGCACCGGCUCUCAAGGACAUGCCGUUUGAGCUCUUGAUAGCCGCUGAUAAGUACCAGCUGCACCAGCUGAAGCGUCAGUGUGAGACCCACAUCGCCAGCUGUCUGAAUGUGGACAAUGCCGCAGCAACUGCAGCCAAUGCCUCAGUUUUCUCCUGCGACCUUCUGUGGGACCGUGCUAUCAUUUUCAUCAGACACAAUCUGUGCGAGGUGAUGCGCACACCUGGAUGGGCCGAGACUGUAGCCACACAUCCCAAAGCCGUACAACGUAUCAGUGAGCUUAUGGGAUGAGUCAGUGAGAAGUAACUGUUCUCUUUGAAAUGCUUUCAAUACUGUUCCUAAUUGUUAAAUCAAUUUAACAAUUCCUAACUGUUUGUUAUGACUAAAUAAUGGGUAUAUUGUAAUGUUUUAAAAGGUACUUGAGAAUGUGAAGCACAACAUAUUUUUACUUAAAUUUUGUAUCGUCAAGCGACUUGAAACCUCAUAGCAGGCUGAUCUGAUUCGAUUUUGUCCAGGUUUCUUUUUCAGUUUUAUGUGCUGCAAGUAGAAUUAAUUAUUUCUUGUUUUCUUAAAAAAUACUUUUUCUAGAUUAUCGCAUUGACAUUAGGUUACUUAAUGCGAGUUAAAAGAUGUUACUUUUGACCACACAACUGAACUUUACAUCUGUGUUGCACAAUUCUGUAUUAGAACUUCUGUCACCUUCAAGUUAGGAUGCUGUAAAAAUUUUGUCACAGAUAUUCAAAUGCAUGCAUACAUUUAAAAAAAAAAAAAAAUUCAUCUCAUGUUACGAAUGAUGAUAGGUAAUCUUCAGAUAACAUAUUUACAAUUUAGAAUUUUGUAAACUUUGUAAGCUUUGCCAAAAUGUACAUUA